CGGGCGGCUGAGUCAUCGCCAAGCGCAGGCCGGUCCGCGGUUCCAGCGAGAGCUCGCCGAGCCAGCGACCGCCCGCCGACUGCAGGGCCCCGCAGGAGCCGAGCGAGCGCUGCGCGGUGGACCGUCGCCGCUGUCACUCUGGACGCGGAAGUGCACUUUCUAGGUUUGCCUUAGAAUAAGGUGUAUUUGGUCAAGUUCAACGGAGAUUCCCCUCCCUGUCCGAGCGCGGCGGUGCUGACACAGCUUCGGUGCGUACUUGCUGGCCAGGAGGACCGCGGGUGCAGGGCAGCCCCGCAAAGGAGACAGUUUCCGGGACUCCGGGCCCCGAAAAUUGUCAGACUCGCACCUAGCCUGUGAAGACUGUGGCUGUGGGAAUCUCAGCCACCUACCUGAGCAAUAUGAAGAUUUUAUUUGUAGAACCUGCCAUUUGCCUUAGUGUAUUCGCUAUGACUUUGACAUCUCCACUAACUACACAAUACGUGUACAGGCGAAUAUGGCAGGAAACAGGCAACUACAGUAUCACACCCGACAGCAAUAUUUCUGAGUGUGCGAAAAACAAAAGCAGCCCAAUUUUUGCAUUCCAGGAGGAAGUUCAGAAGAAAGUGUCUCUUUUUAAUCUGCAGAUGGACAUGAGCGGGUUAAUUCCUGGUCUCCUGUCUACAUUCAUACUUCUGUCUCACAGCGACCAGAGAGGUCGGAAAUUCCCUUUGAUCCUGUCUUCUGUGGGUGUGCUUGCACACAGCACUUGGCUCUGUCUGCUUUCCUAUUUUGCUUUUCCCAUCCACCUUUUGAUUGCAUCGACCUUCAUCAGUGCAUUUUUCGGCAAUUACACGACGUUUUUGGGAGCUUCUUUUGCCUACAUAGUUGAUCAGUGUAAAGAAAAGAAACAGAGAACAAUUCGAAUAGCUAUAAUUGACUUCCUGCUUGGCAUCGUCACUGGAUUAACAGGAUUGUUUUCUGGCUAUUUUAUUAGAGAACUAGGUUUUGUGUGGUCCUUUUUAGUCAUUACUAUGGCUGUCACUGUUAGCUUGAUUUACAUUUUAUUUUUUCUUGAGGAUUCCAUGAAAGAGUCUCCAUCUCAGAAUGUUUCUAUAUCGUGCACCGAAGGCUUAAAAAAUCCAUUUUACCGAACUUACAUGCUUUUUAAAAAUACUGCUGGUGAGCAACGAUCUUUGUUGUGCUUGUUGGUUUUUACGAUGAUUGCUUAUUUUUUCGUGGUAAUUGGCAUUUCCCCUAUUUUUACGCUUUAUGAACUGGAUUCACCACUCUGCUGGGAUGCAGUUUUAAUAGGUUAUGGAUCAGCUUUGGGUAGUGUCUCUUUUUUCAGCAGUUUCCUAGGAAUAUGGCUUUUUUCUUAUUGUAUGGAAGAUAUUCACAUGGCCUACAUUGGCGUUUUUACCACCAUGGUGGGAAUGGCUAUGACUGCUUUUGCCAAGACGACACUGAUGAUGUUUUUAGUCAGGCUGCCGCUGCUUUUCACUAUCGUGCCGCUCUCUGUUCUACGGUCCAUGAUAUCGAAAGUGGUUCGUUCUACUGAACAAGGCAGCCUGUUCGCUUGUCUUGCUUUCUUAGAAACACUUGGCGGAGUCAUUGCAGUUUCUGCUUUCAACGGAAUUUAUUCAGUCACCGUUGCUUGGUACAAAGGCUUUGUCUUUCUGCUCUCUGCUGUUUUAUUACUAAUUCCGACCAUCAGUCUAUGCAUUGUCAAGUGCAUCAGUAGGAAUGCAGGAAGCUAUGUCCUUCUUAUACAAGAAGAAUCCAAUGAAGACACCUCAGAGAGAUGAUUAACUGUGAUUAAAAAAACAACCCCUCAAAUGCGCAUACAUAUACUUUGACUUCUGAAGGAUGUGAACUAGCUCCACCAUCAAUAAUUCAUGAACAAUCAAUGCUGCCAGUCCUUUCUUCUAAACUGAACAGAGAAGUAGCCCCCAGCUCUAGUUUCUUACAGAACCAUGCACUUUGAGCACUUUAUGAAGACAUGGGAUAUAUUUCCAAAACAAAGAAGAAUAGAUCUCAAGACCCUUCCCACUUGGGGAUUGACCAAAGAAACUGAAAUGUAUGGGUAUCAUGCAGGACUAAGAAAUGUGAUCCAAUAAUCAAAGCAAUAAUCUCCCUGAUCUGCUCCAGUCUCUCAGAUUGAGACCAAGAACUCUCUGCUUGCCUUGGCUGCUUCAUCUGCAAAAUGGGUUUCUGACCUCUCUCAAGGAUUUUGAAGGUAUAACUGUUGAACAUCAUGAUGAGUCAUUCAGUGAUAGGAACAUGAUAGAAGCUUGAUAUUUAUAGUAUGAAUUCACCUCUGCUUGGGUAACACUUGGUUUUACAGGGCCCGUCCAGGUGUCAGGGAUAGUCAAAGUUUUCAGUAGCUAAAAGCUACUUCCUUUAAAAAGGAAGUGCUUUAAUGAAUACUGUUUUCACUUUUCUAAUGUUUCAGCACUGACGGCCAUGACAAUAUUUCCAUAAGUAACACAGGGGUGACUGGGGAAAAAAAAGAUUGCAAGUAGUUUCUAAGGAAACGUAAAAAUGGAGGAAACAGCCAAUCAGGAUAUAACGUAAUUCGUAUUUACAGAACCAACACUCAUUCCUUCUUUCUGCCCAAAGGUAUCCAUUUCUUACUGCCCCACCCUCAUCCCGGGAGCCCCCCGAGUCCCUGACAACCCACACCCUCUCCUGCCUCCUGUCUGCACACAGUGUUCCACCAGGCCUCCCCCCUCACUGAAACUUUCAAGUCUCAGCCAAAGCACAGCUUCCUCCGUGUGGCCUUUGGGACAUUUCUACCUCAUCCCACUCCCCCAGGUCCCUGCAGGGCUUCCACAGCUCUCUGUGUCCUGCCAUCCUAGCACUUGCCCUCAUCUUGUAACUUUUGUCUCCCUACUGGACAGUGAGCACCUCAUUAUCCCCUCAGGAAGAGCUGAACGAAAUGACUACAGAAUUGUGUCAUCACUUGGAAAAGUUAUUGAAAGCUGUAUAUUUAAUGCAUUGUGAGAGGAAUCAACAAUAUCGUGCCAUAAUCAUUAGGCCAGCCUUGCAAGUAAGCUGGAAAAUGCGCUGGCCCGUAUGCAUGUUCAACUGGUGUAUGGUACUUUCACAGGUCUUUCCAUCUCUCCCCUUUUCUAAGGGUCCAUAUGUAAGAAGACAGAUGUCCUGAAGUACAUCUAAAUGAUUAACUCCUUUGGAAUCUCUUGAAAGUAGAAUCUUGCUUCAUAGCAUUGCUUGCAGCCUUUUCCUGUUAUCCAUGAUUGCCUGACUAGCAAAUGGCACUCAUAAUUUAAAAUACUAGAAACCUUAUUUCCAAGACCGUUCCUUUUAGGGUUAGCUAGUGUCUUCUGAGCUAUUCUCAGACAGAUGGACUGAUUUGCAUUUUACUUCCUUUUCAACACUCUUCCCAAACCAAAAGUAAAAGCACUUAACUGUUUACA